UGCAGCCUGGCGGUGCUGGGCACCGAGCCGGGCGCCAGCCCCCGCAAGGGCACUGGGGAGAAAGGCUUUGCCUGCAGUCUCUGCCCUUUCGUCACCCACUACCCCAACCACUUGGCACGGCACAUGAAGACGCACAGUGGGGAGAAGCCAUUCGCCUGCCCGCUCUGCCCCUAUGCCUCCGCCCACCUUGACAACCUGAAGCGGCACCAGCGAGUACACACAGGCGAGAAGCCCUACAAGUGCCAGCUCUGUGACUACGCCUGCGGCAACUUGGCCAACCUCAAGCGUCAUGGGCGCAUCCACUCAGGCGACAAGCCCUUCCAGUGCAGCCUCUGCAGCUACAGCUGCAACCAGAGCAUGAACCUGAAGCGGCACAUGCUGCGGCACACAGGCGAGAAGCCCUUCCAGUGCCGGGACUGCCCCUACACCACUGGCCACUGGGACAACUACAAGCGCCACCAGAAGAUCCACGGCCACACAGCUGAGAGCUGGGUAAAUCCACGCAAUGCCAAAGCCCUUCUGGCCCCUCCAGCCGUGGGCACAGCCGUGCCCUGAGACAGCACUUAGCCUGGCUGCAGGGGUGCCCAGCCCUGCGUCGGGCCUGGGGUGCCUCAGCCCUGGGGCAUGCCAGCUGCAGCUCCUGCCCUCCCUGGGGGAGGGAUGGGCAGCAGGCUCCACAGGGGCUCAGGGCUGCCUUACGCAGGGCCUGUGCAUGGACCGGGGUCUCCAGCAGCCCU